CAGACUUUCUAGUUCAUAUAUAAUAAUGAACUAUGUAUUUUAUAUUUCUCUCUGUUGUCUCUUGAGGAAAUCAAUGCAUGUACACAUGGUGUCUCUGCUUCCUGCGCGUGACGCGACCUAGUACCUCUACACUCAGUGAGAGAGAGAGAGGUGGUGCUGGUGGACUGGUGGUAGUGGAGCUGGUGUUAUAUAAUUAAUGGGUUUUCCUUAAUUAAUUCUUUCUCUUUCUCUCUCUCUAUCUAUCUCUUAUGGGUUUUGCUUGUUGAAGUAGUAAAGAGAAGAGAGUAGAUUGCCAAAGUAGUAGCAGUAGAGAGUAAGAGGAGUUUUGAGGAAAGGGAAAGGCAGGAGGAGACCCAAUGCAAACGCGUGAAGGAAGGGUUGGGAUUUGAGGCAAUGUCGAUGCCGAGGUCGAGGAGGCAAUCCCACAACAACAACGACAACUUCAACAAGACUACCACCAAUCUCAAUAUUGGCCAUUACUGCUCUCCUUUGGCUACCAUUCUGGUCGUCCUCGCUCUUGUCUUGGUCUUUCAUGUCGGACCAGCCGCUGCUGCUAACCAUGAAGCGCUCGUACUGUUCUCUUGGAUACGUAGCUACCCUUCACCCUCCUCUUCUUCUGUUUUCCAGAACUGGAAUCCAUCAGACCCCAACCCAUGUAACUGGACUCACAUAGCUUGUUCAUCUCAAGGCUUUGUCACCCAGAUUGUUAUUCAGUCUGUUGAGCUCGAACUACCUGUUCCUUCCAAUCUGUCCUCCUUUGUUUACCUUGAAAAGCUUAUCAUCUCUGAUGCUAACCUCACUGGAACCAUCCCGGCUGAGAUUGGAGACUGUGCCAAGCUUUCUGUUAUCGACCUUAGCUUCAAUGGCCUGGUUGGUAGUGUCCCUGCUAGUAUUGGCAAGCUCCAGGAUCUUCAAGACUUGGUCUUGAACUCUAACCAGCUUACUGGGAAGAUCCCCAGUGAGCUAGGCAACUGUGUUAGUCUCAAGAAUCUUAUACUCUUCGAUAAUCGUCUCGGUGGCGAUCUGCCAACAGAACUAGGCAAGCUGGCAAGCCUUGAAAUCCUACGUGCCGGAGGGAACAAGGACAUUGUUGGGGAGAUUCCUGCCACGCUGGGUGACUGCAGAAGCUUGACUGUACUUGGGUUGGCUGAUACUAAGGUCUCCGGCUCCUUACCUGCUUCACUGGGUAGGCUCAGAAAGCUCGAGACGCUUUCUGUCUACACUGCCAUGCUCUCAAGUGAGAUUCCACCGGAGAUAGGUAACUGUUCAGAGCUUGUGAAUCUGUAUUUAUAUGAGAAUGCUCUCUCGGGUAAAAUUCCACCGGAGCUCGGCAAGCUUAGGAAGCUGGAGAAGAUGUUGCUGUGGCAGAACUCCUUUGUUGGGGCUAUUCCAGAGGAGAUUGGAAACUGUAGCAGCUUGCUGAUGAUUGACCUCUCGCUCAAUUCCCUCUCUGGAAGAAUACCUUGGUCUUUCGGACGUCUCUCGGAGCUCCAAGCGCUGAUGCUCAGCGACAACAAUAUCUCUGGUGCGAUACCUUCUGUUCUUUCCAACUGCACAAGCCUGUCACAACUGCAGCUUGACACCAACCAGAUAUCAGGUUUGAUCCCACCGGAGCUUGGGACGUUAUCCCAGCUGACGGUCUUCUUUGCCUGGGAAAAUCAGCUUGAAGGCAGCAUUCCAUCCACUCUGGCUGCUUGCAGUAGCCUACAGUCACUAGAUCUGUCUCGCAAUUCACUUACUGGUAGCAUACCUUCUGGUCUGUUCCAGCUCCGAAACCUCAGUAAACUUUUAUUGAUUUCCAAUGACAUCUCCGGUUCAAUACCGCCAGAGGUCGGUAACUGCAGCUCUCUCAUUCGGCUACGCCUUGGAAACAAUAGGAUGGGCGGAACUAUCCCAAAGGAAAUUGGUGGUCUCAAGAGUCUCAAUUUCCUUGACCUCUCUGACAACCGUCUAACUGGGUUGGUGCCGGAUGAGAUUGGGAAUUGCACAGAACUGCAGAUGGUGAACCUUGGCAAUAACAUGCUUGAAGGUGCUCUGCCUAACUCUCUUUGCUCUCUCAGUGGACUUCAGGUGUUGGAUGUGUCAACGAACAAGUUCAUAGGUCCCAUUCCGGCUGGUUUUGGCCGUCUUACAUCCCUGAACAAGCUGAUCCUCAGCCAGAAUUCCUUCUCAGGAUCAAUACCCACAUCUCUUGGACUCUGUUCAAACCUCCAAUUGCUUGAUCUUAGCAGUAAUAGGCUCUCUGGAGGUAUCCCAUCAGAAUUAUGUCGGAUAGAAGCUCUCGACAUUGCUCUCAAUCUGAGUCACAAUGAUCUUACAGGGUCAAUCCCAGCCCAGAUAUCAGCUCUCAGCAAGUUAUCAAUACUUGACCUCUCACAUAAUAAGCUUGGGGGAGAGCUUACCCUGCUUUCUGGGCUCGAGAACCUGGUCUCUUUGAACAUCUCUUACAACAACUUCACUGGUCUCCUUCCAGAUAACAAGCUAUUUCGACAGUUAUCUGCAACAGAGCUCGCUGGCAACCAAGGUCUCUGCGCUUUUGGGCGGGACUCCUGCUUCUUGAGUAAUGUAGGUGGGAUGGAAGUAGGAAACAACAGUAGUGAUCUUGGGAGGUCAAGGAAACUUAAGUUGGCAAUUGCAUUGCUGAUUGUGAUGACAGUGGCAAUGGUUGUUCUGGUAACACUUGCAGUGAUUCGAGCACGCAGAGAAAUUAGAGAUGAUGAUUCUGAGAUGGGAGGGGACUCAUGGCCCUGGCAAUUCACUCCAUUCCAGAAACUGAAUUUCUCUAUUGAGAAAGUACUGAAAUGUCUUGUUGAUAGCAAUGUGAUUGGGAAAGGGUGCUCGGGGGUGGUUUAUCGUGCAGAAAUGGACAAUGGUGAAGUUAUUGCUGUGAAGAAGCUAUGGCCAACAACAAUGGCUGAUGCUAAUGAUGAUCACAAUGACAGAUGUGGGGUUAGGGGAGUUCGGGAUUCUUUCUCCGCAGAGGUGAAGACUCUUGGUUCUAUCCGUCACAAGAACAUUGUAAGGUUCUUGGGUUGCUGUUGGAAUCGAAAUACAAGACUGCUCAUGUAUGACUAUAUGCCCAAUGGAAGCUUGGGUAGUCUGCUUCACGAGAGGAGUGGUAGCUGCUUGGAGUGGGAUCUGAGAUACCAGAUUAUACUUGGAGCAGCACAAGGCCUAGCUUAUCUACACCAUGAUUGUGUCCCUCCCAUUGUUCACAGAGACAUCAAGGCCAACAACAUCCUCAUUGGUCUGGAAUUUGAACCAUAUAUUGCUGAUUUUGGCCUGGCCAAGCUCGUCGAUGAUGGCGAUUUUGCCCGGUCGUCGAACACUGUUGCCGGCUCCUAUGGAUACAUUGCUCCUGAGUAUGGAUACAUGAUGAAGAUCACAGAAAAGAGUGAUGUUUACAGCUAUGGAGUUGUUGUAUUGGAAGUAUUGACAGGGAAGCAACCAAUUGACCCAACUAUACCAGAUGGGCUUCAUGUGGUGGACUGGGUGAGGCAGAGGAGAGGAGGAAUUGAAGUUCUUGAUCCUGCCUUACUUACUCGGCCUGAAUCGGAGGUGGAGGAAAUGAUGCAGGCACUGGGAGUAGCAUUACUGUGUGUCAAUCCUUCUCCUGAUGAGAGGCCGACCAUGAAGGAUGUGGCAGCCAUGCUCAAGGAGAUCAGGCAUGAGAGAGAGGAGUAUGCCAAGGUGGAUGUACUCCUCAAGGGAUCACCAGCAAAUGAUUUCCGAAACAACAACGGUACAGUCUCAUCAUCGUCGAUGAGGAUGCAUGGCUCAUUGUCGCAGAGCAACAACACCAGCUUCUCUGCUUCCUCACUCCUGUAUUCAUCUUCUCCUAGUGCCAAAACGGCUUUCAAACACUGAAGCUGCUGCCCAACAACAGAGAGUCGCUAGUUUGACCUCUCAUCAGUUGUUCCGUUUCAGAACUUUUGUCUUUUUGAUGUAAUUAAAGAAGAAAAGGUCCAUAUUCGUUGAUGACAAGUAGAACAACAAAUAGAGCCAACCAUUGUUGCAGGUUGGCUUUUGGAAUUUCUGAAAGUUUGUUGAUAUUCCUGGUCUGUAUCCACUGUAACUAUUUUAAGUAUGUAGUCUAUAAUAAUCACAAGUACAGGUCCCAAGCAUACCCAUAUUGUUUUCCUGUGUGAAGUCAAUAUAAUCUAUCAGAUUGAAGGUCGGCCUGGUUUGCUUGCAUUGCAAUUUCAUUUUGCACUGGUUCAAAAGUAUCCAGUGUAAAUUAUUUGAAUGAAAUUCUGAUUUUAUUUUUUGUUUCA